AUGGAUGAAGUCUUGCAUUCUUUCCUAGAAGGGAAGCUUUCUAAGGAGCGAUUUCAGGCAACAUUGGCUUUACAUUACACAAACGAGCAAGGAUUGUACGAAGAGUUAAAGAAUUGUGUUCAAAUAUGUAUUCAAUAUGGCCGGGAUGAGCGGACAAACGAAGCUUUCCAUCAUUUACUAGACGUGACAGCCGGUAUAUCUUCUCUUGCAAUUCGAAAAGGGCUUCUAGAAUACAUGUAUGAACAACUCUCGCCAUUAGAAGGCAUUCGGUCCGAGCUAUUAGCAAAAUGCAGCUUGCAGCUUGCUGCUGUUUUCGAAGCGGAAAACAACUACGAGAACCUUUGUACUGCUCUAGAGACGCUAGAGAAACAUGCAAAUCUGGAAAGUGACUUGGAACAACUUUUACUGUUAAGAAUUCGACUAGGGGAGAAUUAUAUUAAGUUUGGCAAGCCGGAGAAGGCAAUUCUUUUGAUGCGAACAAGUAUGCCUAUCGCACACAAAACAAAUGAUCAUCAGCUUUUGAUGGAGCUUCAGCUGUGCAACGCAAGGGCUCUAGAUGAAACGUUACAGUUUUUAGAUGCAGCAAGAAGCUACUAUAAAGCUCUUCAAUAUAAAGUGCCGGGGAAUGAGAUUGUUUUCCUUGAAAACUUAAGCCUUGCUAUACAAUGUCUGCUUUUGGCGACACCUUCUCUGAUCGUUUUGCAGUUUCUACAAGAACUGUCCUUGCUUCCAAAUGUGAAAGAAUUGCCGCUGUAUCCAUUUCUCGAAAAAUACCUUCAAAGAAAUUUUGUUACAUUGGAGGAUGCAAACUCGAUUUUGCCAUUAUUACUUCCUCACCAAGUUCAGUAUAUGCAUACACUCAUAGCAAAUCCCAAGCAUUUUUUGGAAACAAAUCUUCUUUUCGUAUCCGAAUUUUAUGAAGUUGCAUCUUUGGAGAGUCUAGCGAAAACCUUUAGCAUCUCACUGAAUGAAUUGGAUGCGAUACUGACAAAUAUGAUUUUUCAACAUCGUAUUCGGGCAUCCAUUGAUCAAUUUGCUGGCUAUAUUUCCUUUCUUCCCAAUUCCGAAAAACCUUUGAAUCGUCCAAAUUACAUUGAAAAUCUUUCACAAAUACUGAAUCAAUACGGAUAG